CUAACUUGCUCUGGUAUUCUUGGACAGGUUCAUCACAGUCGCGUCCUAGGGGGAGUUUGGACGGUCAAGCGCUAGCUGAGAUGCUGCGCAAACGUAAGAGGGAAUCUUCUGCUGACGCGACGUCCCUAUCGUCAGCAUCAGCAAAGAAGGACACGGCGGUCGUCGUCCAUUUGGACGAUGAACAGGACGUCGCGUCCAAGACGCGCAAAACUGAUUUAUUGGCCCCUCCAGACAAGAGUGGGCCUUCCUACUCUGUGACCGUCCCAAGUGACUUCAUGUCGUUGGAACGGUCCAUAUGGCCUGAAGCAGACAGGUUCCUCUUUCCCAGCGCAAUGGAAAGGAUCAAGGAACAUACUCUUCCUCGCAUGAUGUCGGAUGGGCUGGAACUCCUAUUUCAGUCUUCUCAACAUCUCCUGAUGGCUAAGAGGGAGAUCUCCUCUCUGCUGAAAGGUCAUCUGACCAUGAAGCAGAGAAUGGAGAAGGCUGAGUUGGACGCAAAGUCCAAGAGCGACGAGGUGGAGUCUUGCAAGAAGGCCAUGGAGGACAUGAAAAAGUCUUUGCAGAAAAAUGGGGAGGAGCUGGAAGAGAUAAGGCUGAGGGCAACUAGGUUGAGGAGUCUUCUCGUCUGGAGAUCUCGACGCUCCAAGCGAGCGUCGACGCACAGAAGAACGAGCUGGACAUGCUCGAGGCUGAGGUGA